CACUCAUCCACACAAAAUGCUGUGAAUUGAAGUAGAUGAUUAUUUCUUUUUCUCAGCUGUGUUGGUAGAAAUCGACGAUCAUUACUUUGAGCUGUGUUAGUAGAUGACUAUUACUCUGUGUGAAUUGAAGUGAACACUCAAAAAAUUGGUUAAGAAUCUGCAAACGAGGAGAAGAUCGAUCGCAUUUGCAUUCAUCCUGGAUCUGGCAGUGCAUACGUAGGGUUGCAUAUUAUGAUAGGGAGACAUCAAUAUAGAGAAUAUUGCCAACGUGGGGGGACCGGCUUAUGCAGAUUAUCUUGUUUUUCAAGUGAUAUGGAAAGUGAUCCGAUUACGAACACUACUGCAGAAGGUUCAAGAGAUGGUCUACAAAGAGGUCGACCUUUGCAUGGGAGAAAAAGUGGUCCGACAAGGCGUUCAACAAAAGGGCAAUGGACACCAGAAGAGGAUGAAAUUUUACGGAUGGCUGUCCAACGCUUCCAAGGAAAAAACUGGAGAAAGUUAGCCGAGUGUUUCAAGGAUCGAGCAGAUGUACAGUGCUUACACAGAUGGCAAAAGGUUUUGAAUCCAGAACUUAUCAAAGGUCCAUGGUCAAAAGAGGAGGAUGAAAUCAUAGUUGGGUUGGUGAAUAAAUAUGGGCCAAAAAAGUGGUCUAGCAUUGCACAGCAUCUUCCUGGGCGUAUUGGAAAGCAAUGUCGGGAAAGGUGGCACAAUCAUCUUAAUCCUAAUAUAAACAAAGAAGCAUGGACACAAGAGGAAGAACUAGCUUUGAUUUGUGCCCAUCAAAUUUAUGGAAACAAGUGGGCAGAGUUGUCAAAGUUCUUGCCAGGAAGAAGCGAUAAUGCAAUUAAAAAUCAUUGGAAUUCUUCUGUCAAGAAGAAACUGAACAUGUAUAUGGCAUCAGGGCUACUAUCUCAAUACCAAGGUACACCACUACUUGUUAGCCUGUCAAAUCAGUCAGCAUCUUCUUCUUCUUUAAAGGCACCAAAAAGCAUUGAAGAGGAUAAAGAUGCAGCAGAAGUGGAGGAAGCUUCUGGAUGCAGUCAAGAUUCAGUCUUUCCCAGCACUUCUCAACCUGUAAGCAGCACAAUAAACAGAACUGCUCAACAUGAUGAGGAUUGCAGAGCAACUGCAGGAUCGCCUUCCUUACCCAGUCCUGAAGAUUAUCCUCUUGCAUUUCAAGGAGUCACAUAUGCCACAACAGAAGCACCAUGUGACCCAGGUGCUAAUCUUCAGCAGGAUUCAUCUAUAGACUGGAGGACCUUUGCCGGGAAAGAUUGGCAAGCAAAUACCGAUGACCUUGACAUGUCUAUGCUGGAUCUUGGGCAAGAGACCUCUGGAACAUUCAUGCAAAAUUUAAGUGGGAGUGAUAAUCACGAUACAAUACCCUUUCCCAAGGAGAUUUACAUGCAUUUGCAUGAUUCCGUUUCCAUGGUAAACAUGGAUAUGGGUUCUGGUACCCCGAAUCUAGUAACAGAUGCAAACGGAAAUAGGGUAUAUUCUGAUGUGGGCCAUGGUGGACAUCCCUCUGUAAAUGAUAUUUGUGAUUCUCACGAAUCAGAAAACCCGUUAGUUCAUAAUUAUUCAAACCAUGAGAUACCUUAUGCAUCAUCAAGUAUACCAGGAGCUUCGCCUGCUCAACCUAACCAUGUUCCUACUCAACUUCCACCAGAUGAUGGUCCAGUCUUAUUGAGAACAUAUCCAGAUCAGUUUGACUAUUCCGCACAUGUGAAUGGUGAGCCUGAGUCCAUUUCCCCGGGAACACUGAACGAGUUUUUCUAUGGUAAUGAAUCCAAUUGCUCUCCUCGCGAGGAAAAUUUUGAUGAGGCGAAGAGAUCAUCAAAACUAGUUCCUGCUAAUGACUUUGUAUUGCAACCACUUAAUAUUGAUUCAUCGUGUUGUUCUUCCAAGGAAAAAGAUUCAGCUGAUCAGCAGGAUUCAGGAGCUCUAUUCUACGAACCUCCUCGUUUUCCAAAAUUGGAUAUUCCUUUUUUCAGCUGUGAUCUAAUACAGUCUUGUAGUGAUAUGCAUCAGGAGUACAGUCCACUGGGAAUCCGUCAGCUGAUGUUAUCUUCCAUGUCGCCGUUCAAACUUUGGGAUUCACCAACCAGAGAGGGUAGUCCUGUAGUUGCUCUAAAAAGUGCUGUGAAAAGUUUUACGAGUACACCAUCAAUACUGAGGAAAAGACACCAUGACUUGUUGUCCCCUUCGUCAGAAAAAAGAGAUGAGAAGAAGCUUGAAAGCUUUAGGCCUGAAUCAGUUUCGAAUAUAGCUAAUGAAAUCGCUUGUUUAGAGGUUAUUUUCAACGAAUGCUUGGAAGACCAGAAAGGUUUGAACCGGCAAGGAGACUUUACAGAAAAAGAAAACUUCAACCAUUCUUGCGAAGAGGCAAUGAAUGAUGAUAAUCAAAGUCAUCUCAUUGCAGGAAGCAGAAACUCACAGCAAGAUAAUAUCGUCAGUGAAUGCUCAGGAAAGCAAACUAACACCAUGGAUAAAGAUUUGAUGGAUAGGGUACACGGGGACAGCAUUUAAGAGGAGCAUGGAAUCUCCUCCACUUGGGUUGAUUAACACUUGCAUACCAGGACCCAGAGUCGAGCCUGAUAUAAGUAUAACCAUUGAGGUCUGGAUAUGCAAGUAAUCAAGAAUUAUAAAGCUCUUUUCCAUUAGAUCUUGUCCCAGAAUAUGCAUCUUUUGUAGGAAAUUGGUUACUUGAGCCCGGGGGUCGAAGUUAUGAUGCCAUUGAGCUGGGCGAGCAGACUGCUUGUGCAUUGGCUGAUGCCCAGAAGGUGUUGGGAGAUGAAACUACUCCAGAGUCAUUACUCAAGGGGAAAUGCUUCACAAAAGAGCAACGAGAAAAGGAGUUCAAACACACUCCAAACACUCCGGCAGAACAUCAAUCCCUUUCAGCUUCAAAUUUGAUGGUUGUGUCGAAAUUUCAUUAGGAGCUAUCUUAGCUUCUUUCCCCUCUGUGAAAUUUUAAUUCUCCUUUAAAAUCUAAUGAAUUUCUUUAACAUGUUUCGCUUAAGAUAUUCACUAUGGUAAUGAAUUUCAGCGAACGUGGAACACCAGGUAAGGAAGGGUAUGAAAUUUUCAGGCAGUGGUGGUGUUGCAACUCCAUCAUCCUAUCUGUUGAGGAGUUGCAGGUGAUGAUAUUCAUGAUUUCACUGCAGCAAGUAUCCUACUAUCGCUGGACCUGUAAUUUUUUAUUAAUCUUUUAUUGUAAAAAUUCAUUCAUCUUACCAUCCCAAAAAAUAUAUAGUGUUCAUCUAGGAUCAAGGGUUUUGAGUUUUAACAUAUUCAUCUCUUACUGAGUGAACUUGGUUCAAUGAAAUAUUUUUGGUGUCUUUCCUAGUAGUAGUAAAAAAUCUGUAUGCAUUAACCAUAUUGAAACCAAAUGAU